AUGAGCAUCUCCAUCAAUGGCCUCUCGAAAGUUCCUCCUUGCUUCCGCUUCCACCCCACAGAAGAAGAACUCCUCGCCUAUUACCUUAAAAAGAAGGUAGCAUCAGAGAACAUAGACCUCAAUGUUAUCCAUGAAAUUGAUCUCAAUAAACUCGAACCUUGGGACAUUCAAGAGAAAUGCAGAAUUGGAUCGAGGGAUGAGAAUGAUUGGUAUUUCUUCAGUCACAAGGAUAAGAAGUAUCCGACUGGAACGAGAACUAAUAGGGCCACGGCUGCUGGAUUUUGGAAGGCUACUGGUAGGGAUAAGGUUAUCAAUGCCUGCUGCUUUAAGAGGAUUGGGAUGAGGAAGACGCUGGUUUUUUACAGAGGUAGGGCGCCUCGUGGAGAGAAGUCUGAUUGGAUCAUGCAUGAGUAUCGCCUUGAUGAGCAUGAGCUCCAUGGAUCUGACUGCCAAUCCAAUUUUGCCCAAGAGGACGGAUGGGUGAUAUGCCGAGUUUUCAAGAAGAAGAGCACCCGCAAGCUCAUCAACGACCAAAUCACCCGCUUGCCUUUCACCGCAACUGAAGUUCUGACUGUCGAUUCUGUAUUGACAAAUGCUAACGUUGACUCUGAGAAUGAUGCGAUGAUUGUGGACCAUGAUGCGAUCAAGGGAAUGAAUACAUGA